UAAAGAGAAACAUUUAAACCAGCAAUGGUUACCACCGAGGGACGAGUGUUAACCAUGCCCAUCAUCCACAAGUCCCAACAUUGCUCCAACUGUAAACAAGAAAAGUCAGGCAUGACACGGUGUUCAGCAUGUAAAAACGCACUUUAUUGUUCAAAAGCAUGCCAGAAACAACACUGGAGACAACAUAAGAGACAAUGCACUGGCUUAAAGACUAACAAAGACAAUGAGACUGUUCAGGUACCACUGCCGCCAGCUCAUGUAGACACCCCUCACAAAGUCACAUCUCUGGUGGGCAGGCAAUGUCUGGUUGAGUGUCUCCUGGACGGCCAGAGGCUUCAAGCUCUAUGGGAUUCAGGCUCACAGGUGUCGAUCAUCGAUGAGAAAUGGAAAAACGACUAUUUGCCACACACAGAGCUGAGAGAUGUAGCAGAUAUUAUGGACACAUCUGAACUCACCCUGACCGCAGCAAAUGGGACCAACAUGCCAUAUCUUGGGUGGGUUGAGACAACCUUCCAACUUGUUUCCGGAACUGAACGAACUGAGAAAUUGACCAUCCCCAUGUUGGUAAUGAAAGGUUUUCAGCUCACAUGCCCUAUUAUAGGUUACAAUGUCAUUGAAUACAUUGUGAAUAAGACUGACCAAGCUAAACUGUACAGCACAGUGAGAAAAGCAUUUCCCAGCCUCAAAAGACACAAGGUGAAAGCUUUUAUACAGGCUGUUAGUGCAGAUACAGUUGACGAGUACAAAGUGAUGACGAAGAAAGACUGUAUUACUGUACCUAAACAAAGCCACAUGCAUGUUGAGGGUCGUAUAGCAGCAGGGCCAUUUAAACAGGACAUGGUCAUGAUAUUUGAGCCAGACUUAAACCCUCAGUGGCCAGACAAUCUUGAGUUUUUUGACACUUUGGUUAAAGUUAAGAAGGGUACUUUACCAGUCAUAACACUAGGUGUCUCUAACCCCACUGACCAUGAAAUUGUCAUUCCAGGCCGUACGUUAGUUGGCUCGGUUCAGACUAUUACAGCUGUUUUACCUGCCCAGAUGUUUGAAAAAGCCACAUCUGUAGCUACUGUUAACCAGACAAACACACAAGCCCAGUGUAGCUCUAGUGAAGAGUGGGACCCACCUGUAGAUCUUAGCCACCUGGGUGAAGAGCAGAGAGUAUUAGCGAAACAGAUGCUCAGAGAGGAAUGCCAUUCUUUCUCCAAAACAGACAAUGAUAUAGGCUGUAUUGAAAAACUGAAAAUGACCAUCUCACUCAAAGACAACGAACCAGUCAAACGCACAUACCUGUCUGUGCCACGGCCGCUCUACCAAGAGAUGAAAAGUUACCUGCAUGAUUUAAUAGCACAAGGCUGGGUCAGAAAGUCAGACUCGUCAUACUCCUCACCAGUCGUUUGUGUUAGAAAAAAAGAUGGUACUUUAAGACUGUGCAUAGACUACAGAGACCUGAAUCGGAAAACCCAUCCUGACCGCCAGCCCAUCCCACGCGUCCAGGACAUUAUGGACAGUUUGGGUGGAAAUUCCUGGUUUUCGCUUUUAGAUCAGGGGAAAGCGUACCACCAGGGGUUCAUGUCAGAACAAAGUCGUCCACUCACUGCUUUUGUGACCCCCUGGGGAUUAUAUGAGUGGAUUCGCAUCCCCUUUGGACUCAUGAAUGCCCCGGCAGCAUUUCAGCGCUGUAUGGAAGAGUGCCUGGAUGGGCUGCGCGACAACAUCUGCAUCCCCUAUCUGGAUGACACAUUAGUUUACAGCAAAACGUUCAAAGAUCACUUGGAGGACGUGAGAAAAGUGCUCCAGAGAUUGAGAGGUUUUGGCAUAAAGCUUAAGCCAAGUAAGUGUGACAUGUUUAAGUCUGAGGUGCGCUAUUUGGGCAGAAUAGUGUCUGCAGAGGGCAGUAAAGUGGAUCCUGCAGACUUUGAAGCAGUCAAAGCACUCAAAGGUAUAAAACCACAAAAUGUUGGUCAGCUCAGAAAAAUGCUAGGCCUUCUCUCCUACUACAGACAAUACAUAAAAGACUUCUCCAGAAAAGCAGGUUGUUUGUAUGAACUGUUAAAAGCUGACAAAACCACAGAGAACUCAGACACCACAAAAGGACCAAAGGCAAGACCAAAGAGAGCCAGUCAAGUUGUGCCCUCCUCAAAACAAAUCGUGUGGACUGACCAGCAUCAAAGUGCACUUGAGGAACUAAUAGACUGUUUGCUCCACCCACCAGUGCUGGGAUUCCCAGAUUUCACACAGCCGUUCAUCGUACACACGGACGCCUCACACAAGGGGUUAGGUGCCGUGUUGUACCAGAGACAAGAUGGUAAGCUGCGAGUUAUUGCUUAUGGCUCCCGUACUCUAACAGCAGCUGAAAAAAACUACCACUUCCAUGCAGGAAAACUAGAAUUUUUAGCAUUGAAGUGGGCUAUCACUGACAAGUUCAGAGACUAUUUGUACUAUGCCCCGACAUUUACUGUCUAUAGCGAUAACAACCCGCUAACGUACAUUUUGUCAACAGCCAAACUGAAUGCCACCACGUCAAGAUGGGUCGCUGAGCUCGCUGAUUUUCACUUCACCAUUAAGUACAAACCAGGGAAGGAAAACAGUGACGCAGAUGCUUUAUCAAGAAUGCCACUUGAUGUAGAAACCUUAAUGAGAAACUGUUCUGAGGAAGUGCCACCGGACACUAUCUCAGCUGCUAUCCAGGCCAUUGAGGUACAGAAAGACACACCUGCCACAUGGACACUGUCAGCUGCAGCAAUGUCAGUCACAGCAGAAGGUGAGCCAGCAGAAGCAACAUUUACACCCAUACCAAAAGAACAGCUUAAUGAAGCGCAAAAGUCUGAUCCUGUUAUAAGCCCUGUAUUACAGUGUAAACAGACAGAUUCAAAACCACUGCCCAAAGAGCUAAGAACAUUUGACCCUAAGACAAAAUGCUUGUUCAGAGAGUGGGGCAAGUUGAGGCUAGAUAACAAUGGCAUCUUGUACAGACUCACUUCUGCCCGGAAACAGCUAGUUCUGCCAGAUCAGUUCAAAAAGACUGUACUUGAAGAGCUGCACAAUAAUAUGGGCCAUCAGGGUGUUGACCGCACAGUGUCUUUGAUACGUGAACGCUUCUUUUGGCCACACAUGCAGGCAGACAUCGAGCAUUAUGUGACCAACGUUUGUUCCUGUGUAAAGCAGAAAAAGCCCAGCCAUGAAACAAGAGCUCCUUUAACGAACAUUGUAACUACGCAGCCCUUUGAGCUGGUAUGUAUAGACUUUCUCCAUCUGGAAAAAUGCAAAGGUGGUUAUGAAUAUAUUCUAGUGAUAACUGACCACUUCACACGUUUUGCGCAAGCCUAUGCCACCACCUCAAAGUCAGGCAAAACUGCUGCAAACCUGAUAUUCAAUGACUAUGCCCUAAAGUUUGGCUUCCCCUGUCGCAUUCACCAUGACCAAGGAGGUGAAUUUGAAAAUCAGCUAUUCAGUCAGCUCAAGAAACUGUGUGGCAUGGCCGGUUCUAGGACAACACCCUAUCACCCAAUGGGGAACGGUCAAGUUGAACGUAUGAACAGGACAUUGUUGCAAAUGCUUAGAACGCUAACUGAAACACAAAAGUCAAACUGGAAGGAAUCUAUCAAUAAGCUAAUGUAUGCAUAUAACUGCACACGGUGUGAAGUCACUGGCUACUCCCCAUUUUACCUACUGUUUGGACGGUCACCCAGGCUACCAGUAGAUAUGCUCUUUGGACUGUACUCAGAAACAGAUUUUAGUGACCACAGAGACUAUGUUGAGAAAUGGAGAAAGGGCAUGGAACAAGCAUACUCUAUAGCAAAUGAGAAUGCAAAGAAAGCUGCUGAAAAGAGCAAAAGACACUACGACACAAAAGUAAGGAGUUCUGUGUUACAACCUGGCGAGAGAGUUCUGGUCAAAAACCUGACACCUAGAGGAGGCCCAGGGAAACUGAGAGACUAUUGGGAGGACACUGUUCACACAGUAGUCAGACAAAUGGGGCCUGACCUCCCUAUCUAUGAGGUAAGACCGGAGAGAGGCAGAGGGCGCUCUAGAGUGCUUCACAGAAACUUGCUUAUGUCAUGUGACCACUUGCCUUUUGAAAACGUGCCUGAAAAAGAUAAUCGUACAAGACAUGAACAGAAAAAGACUGAUAAACCCGUCGCUGUUGUGCCAGAUUCUGAUGAUGAGGGCAGUGUUGAUGAAUACCGCUGUCAUUAUGCACCACCUCAACCUGUGUUCCAGCCAUCAGAACAAGAAAUUCUCACAGCAACGUCUCAGCCGGCAGCUUCAGCCCCUGCUCUUGCACCAACACCAGAGCCUCUUGCUGGAGACCAUCUGGAGGCGCCUGACCCAGCUGUCGUGGAGACAACUUGUGAGGAGGCAGAGCCCUGUGCAGGUGACAUACCUGCCCCUCCUUCACCUGUCGUACUCGAGAGACUUGAGGAGGAGACACCUCCGCGGCCACAGCGAGAGAGACACCCGCCGAGACGGAUGACGUAUGACCAACUGGGCACCCCAUCCUGCUACAGUGUUCAGCCAGCACCGCAAUUGCUUCCUGUGUACCCAGGUCUGGUCCCAUGGUUUCCAGCUGUGCAGUCAUACUGCACUCAGCCCAUUUGUUUGUAUGGACUUCAGCAAAUACAAUAGACUUUAUGAAGACUCACAUGUGGACUGGUUAUAGACUUUGUCUUCAGUCACCAGUGAUGGACUGUGGUGAAGCAGGUGUUAAUCCCACAGAAUUGAGGACAUUGGUUCACUCUACUGUUGAUGUCCUGACUACAAGAGAAUAUAGACUGAAAAGCAAUUUGUUGGUAUAAUGUCGGGACGACAUUUUUUGAGUGGGGGAGAGUGUGACAGGUUGAAGGACUACUGUUGAAGGACUACUGCAUAUGAAACUGUUCACUUAAUACUAAUUCAUAUCAGUUGAUAUAAGGACAAAAAUAAUGUAAAUAUGGUAAGAAAAUGGUUAAGAGUUCAUUAUUUUUCAUGUUAUAUUAAUGGCUUUCAUGUUACUUAAGAGAACUGCAAUCUAUACAUCAGUGAUCGGCUAGUAAGCCUUUUCUGGGAUCGAUUAGUAGUGUCUCUAUUCUCCACUAGGGGGCUUUCGCGCGUUCUCCUCACUGCAAUAAACUACUGCAUGAGAGACGCAAGUAAUAAUCACUCUCGUGAUUCUUUCCCCCCUGUUUUCAGGGGUGUAACAGUUGCUCUUGUUAAACGUCCUCCCUGCUCAUCAACAAAUGGACUUAGGCUGUACAGCUUGUGUGUCUUGUCCUUCAGUUGAAUGUCCUUUCCUCUAGUUAAGUCCU